UCUCCCUCCGCGGCGCGCAGCGUGGCUGCUCGUUGGCUACUUAGAGCGGAAGCUCGGUUGGUGUCUCUCCAGAAGUUUCCCCCUUGGGCGGCGGCGGAGCUGGUAACCUCCGUAGUAGCAGCUGCAGCAACACAACAUUGACUGGUAGAGAUGGCGGCGGCUGCAGCUGGACCUGCAACAGCCCAAAGGCUUUGCCGGAGCUUCUCAGAUGCUCUGAUUGACGAGGACCCCCAGGCGGCGUUAGAGGAGCUGACUAAGGCUUUGGAACAGAAACCAGAUGAUGCACAAUAUUAUUGUCAAAGAGCUUAUUGUCACAUCCUUCUUGGGAAUUACUGUGAUGCUGUUGCUGAUGCAAAGAAAUCUCUUGAAUUUAAUCCAAAUAAUCCCACUGCUAUGAUGAGAAAAGGGAUAUGUGAAUACCAUAAAAAAAACUAUGCUGCUGCUCUGGAAACAUUUACAGAAGGACAGAAAUUAGAUAGUGCGGAUACUGAUUUUAUUGUCUGGAUUAAAAGGUGUCAAGAAGCUCAGAAUGAGUUACAAUCAACGGCGUCUGUAUCCCAGAGGACUUCUCAGUCAAAAAUCAAGUAUGACUGGUAUCAAACAGAAUCUCAAGUAAUCAUUACACUUAUGAUCAAGAAUGUUCAGAAGAAUGACGUAAAUGUGGAAUUUUCAGAAAAAGAGUUGUCUGCUUUGGUGAAACUUCCUGCUGAAGAGGAUUACAAUUUGAAUCUGAGACUUCUUCAUUCUAUAAUACCCGAACAGAGCAUGUUUAAAGUACUUUCAACAAAGAUUGAAAUUAAAAUGAAAAAGUCAGAGGCUGUGAGAUGGGAAAAGCUAGAGCGAGAAGGAGAAGAGCCUAAGCCAAAACAGUUCGUAGCAGAUGUAAAGAACCUAUAUCCAUCAUCAUCUCUUUAUACAAGAAAUUGGGAUAAAUUGGUUGGAGAAAUCAAGGAAGAAGAAAAGAAUGAGAAGUUGGAGGGAGAUGCAGCUUUAAACAAAUUAUUUCAGCAGAUCUAUUCAGAUGGUUCUGAUGAAGUGAAACGUGCCAUGAACAAAUCAUUUAUGGAGUCUGGUGGUACAGUUUUGAGUACCAACUGGUCUGAUGUAGGUAAAAGAAAAGUUGAAAUCAAUCCUCCUGAUGAUAUGGAAUGGAAAAAGUACUAAAUAAAUUAAUUUGCUAUUACUGUAUUGCAUACCUUCA